GAGCAGCAUAGACUAAUCGUCUAGGUGCGUUUGAUAAACUCCUCAUAAACUUGUUUGUGAUCAAUCAUUUUAACCUUCCUUUUUUACAACUUUUUCUUUCUUUACAGUGAUAAUAUGUGAUUUACUCUCAAACGGAAGUUAAUCAGCGGGAUUACACAUCAUCAAUGGGAUAUCAUCGCUGUUACAGCAAACUGAUAUCCUUAUUGAAACCAUGACUCUUCGUUGUCAAUUGUCUAAGCCUAAUGCCCCAUUAAUAACUAAUUAAUUCGAUCUAAGAGAAAAUAUCGCCCAAUUUCGUACAUAAAAAAGAGUUGGGAGGUUUGAUUUAUUUAUAUGAAUUUACAAUGGCAUUGAACGAAACGAAAACUGACGAUGCUAUUCCUACUGAUAAUGCGCAGAAUGGUACUUCCGCCGAGACGGGGCUCUCUCGAAUUCUUCGUCAUCGCAGUCCAGGGACAAAACACCAUACUCGCGACCCCUCGAUGGACUCACUAGAUAGGAUCUUUGAUACUCGUACCGAGUCGCAACCUCGUCUCCCCGUCGCCCAGAGAACUAUGACCUCGGAAGACAAGCAUUAUGCAAACAAUUCUUAUGGAAUAACCGAGUUACGAGAUGGCUUCUUUGAUGCAAUUUUUCUCCCACCCGAGGAAGUGAACACGCAAGAUCUCAUGAAGCAAGCUGAGUUGACUCUUCCAUACGCAUUUCGGAAGAGGAAUCCCCUUUCUAUACGCAAUUUUUUACCUAAACAAUGGCACGAAAUCAAGGGGGUUGCUCGUCGGGUUACUACCACAAGAGCUGGUAUUCGGCUUCUUAAGUCGUUUCUUGCCUUUUUUAUAGCGUAUAUUCUCUGUCUUAUUCCUCCUGUCCAAGCUAGACUUGGACGUUAUAGUUAUAUCAUGGUCAUUUCGACGAUUCUUAAUCAUUCCGGUAGAACGUUAGGCGCUCAAGUCGAUGGUACUAUUCUAACAAUAGUUGGCACCGCUACUGGGUUAGGAUGGGGCGCCUUCGGUCUUUGGGUGUCUACCGCCACGGCAACAGCACGUAUCGGAUACGGUGGAAUUCUUGCUGUUUUCCUUUUCUUAUACAUUUUUGCCAUUGCUUGUGUUCGUUCCUACUAUAUCCGGACAUAUCAAGCUGUUAUCUGCGCUGGAAUUGCUAUCUCAUAUACUUGUCUUGCGGAAGUGUCAGGAACUGAAGUCUCUUGGUCUAAACUUCUCGCAUAUGGAAUUCCCUGGGUCUUAGGACAAGCCAUCUCCCUUUUUAUAUGUUGUAUUGUGGUUCCUGAUGCUGGUGCACGCCCGCUUGCCGUGGCUCUACACCAGGCAUUCGCUGUCAUGCUGGAUGGUAUCGGCUUGACUCGGCUAGAAAGCAUAAGAACACGUCGAAGACUGACUCAGACUUUCGUCAGUAUGUCACAGGCCUACAGAGAUCUAGUCAUCGACUUCUCUAUAACGCUCUUCGACCCCAAAGACGUGUUGGCACUACGUAAUCUCAUUCAAGGUGUCAUUCGUGCACUACUUAGCUUGAAUAGUGAAACAAGGAUCCUGGAUCAGUCGGAUGAUGCCCCAUGGGAUAGGUCGAGUCGUGGCCGAUCCGUCCUAGACGAAUUCAUUGUUGAUAUGGACGAGAAGUCCCCCGGGCCGGAAAAUGAGGAGCAAAGAAGGCUGGUGAAGUUCGUGGCGAGUAACUUGGCCGAGCCGACGGAGAAACUCCUUUUAUCUAUGGAAACUGCAUUGAAUAGCUGCGAUGCCGUUUUGAUGGAGAUGUGUGGACAUCGCCAAUACCUCGGUCCCCCGAAAAAUGUUUCGAAUGAUGUUCCCGGAUCUCUGGUGAAGUUACGCAGGCGUAUUAUUGCAUUCAGCGAGUGCCAAGACAGCGUAUUGGCGAGUGAAAGUUUACCUCCGACAUAUGCGGAAUCUCCUGAAGUUGUCAAACUCUUCGCAUACUGCCGGCCAGUUCAUCAAGCAGCAACGGCAAUCGAGGCACUUUUAGUAAAAGUUAACGAAAUGCAACAAAGGAAACCAAUGCGACCGAUGUUUCAUCCGCCUUCCUACCCAUUUUGGAAGGCGAUGCAUCGUACCAAUGCUCAAGUCAGACAUGAUCGGGGUGGUGUAACUGCAGGCUCUUAUUUCAAAAGCUUCAGUGAUAUAGCGGCGAUUAUUCAGAAAAUAAAGUCGCGAGAUUUCCAGCCAUUGCCUAGGGAAGAUGAAAACACCAAUAAAGAUCAUGAUACUUCCUAUGCGACAAUGACAGCUGAUGAGCUAGAGGACAAUCGGAACACAAAAAAUGACCAUACGCGACGCAAAAUUUGGGGAUUUCUUCAUCGUUUACAGGGUUUCGAGACACGGUUUGGCCUCAAAACCGCUGCUAUUACCUCCAUCCUAUCCAUUCCCGCUUGGCUUUCUAACGAUCACGGAUGGUGGGACGGCUAUGAAGUCUGGUGGGGCGUCGUGAUGGCAUGGCUCAUAAUGGGUCCUCGUACCGGUGGAAAUAUCCAAGACCUAUUUACACGUGCUUUGUGCGCUGUCCUUGGGGCUCUAUGGGCCGGUUUGUCAUAUGCGGCUGGGGAUGGCAAUCCUUACGCCAUUGCGGUGUUUGCAGUCAUCUUCAUGCUCCCUAUGAUCUAUAGGUACACACAGAGCACUCAUCCGAGGUCUGGUCUCGUAGGAUGUAUCUCGUUUACAGUGGUUUCUCUAGCAGAAGUUGCUGCUCGAGGCGAACCGUCGCCAGCUACCCUCGCUGCGACACACGGAGCCGCUAUGGUCGUUGGGGUUGUUGGGUCGAUUAUUGUCAAUUGGGCACUAUGGCCAUUCGUUGCUCGCCAUGACCUCCGAAAAGCGGUAGCCGCGAUGAUGUUUUAUUCCAGUAUUGUGUACAGGAGUAUCGUGUCCAGAUAUGUAUAUUACGAAGAGGGGAAUGAGCCUACUAAAGAUGAUAUUCGCGCAUCUGAAAUACUUGAAGGACGCUUGCGAGAAGGGUUCGUGAGGCUUAGGCAACUAUUGGGCCUCACACGCCAUGAGAUACGCCUCCGAGCUCCAUUUGAUCCUUUACCAUACUCAGCGCUCAUUGACUCAUGCGAGCGUUUUUUCGAGUAUAUUGUCACGGCCCGCCAAGCGUCUCUAUUUUACCACCCACAUUUUAUUAGAGACAACACCGAAUUCGCAGCGGACCUAUUAGGUCACAGGAGAGACGCAAUUGCGACCAUCCUGACAAAUCUGUACGUGCUUUCUGGCGCACUCCGAGCCGACAGAAAAGUACCGAAAUACCUGCCCAAUGCUGCAGCUACGCGAAAGCAGCUACUUGAUCAAAUGGCUGUACUAGAAGCUAAACUGACUACGAGCGGAAAAUUAAGCCCCGAUGAGAAAUCUGAAGGGAGGAAAUGGGCACAGAUAUAUAGUUACUCCUAUAACGAGAGUCUGACGGGUUGCGUCGAGCAGCUUGAGGAACUCGAGAAAUAUACGAAGGCUAUCGUCGGUGAGCAAGGAUUCGAUUGCCCUUACACCGAUGAGGAUUUACAGAUGGGAUAAUACUCUUUUCCAUCUAUCACAAGAAGCCGCACGGCGAGUGAAAUGCAAUGUGAUAUGGUUUGGAAAUGAGUAUGAGGUAUGAUAUUACGAUUAAGCUAACUAUAAUAGAAAUACAUGACCGAAAUCAAAUGAACUACGAAGGGCUCAAAUUCCUCUUUCUAUAUACUUGAAUUACUCUAGACAGGAUGUCCACGUUGCGGAACGAUUGGUCAAUUCCAAUCUACGAAAUGAUCUCCACCAGGAUUGCGUAUUCGAUCUGAUUAUAAUCUCCCCACACGAGAUUAUCACAACAUUUGAUCUCAGCCUUUUAGCACGUGAAAUCUAACAAUUUUAUGCCCA